AUGGGGACGGAGUGCAGUGCGCUAGAGGGACUGCAGAUUGAGGUGAGGGACAUAACAACGAGGCAGGAGUGGAUGGAGGCGUAUCAGUAUGAGAUUCCAGUCAUGAUGCGAGUGACGGUAGACCAAUCAGGGAACACUGUAGAAACCCUCAUUCCCCGCCAGUCACCGCGGGCAUCAGUGGAGCGAGUGAGGAAGGCGCUAGAGACGGCAUUUUCAAGUUCAACUUAA